AUGAAUGACUCAUACUAUAACUACCACCAGCAGGAUAAUUAUUAUUCUACGCAUAAAGUUUGCAUCUGUCCAAAGCAUAUUCAGGAUAUAUUAAAUGAAUAUUUUUUGAUAUAUGAAGGGAAAAUUAAAAACUUAAUCAAUCAAAUCUCAAAUCAUCAUCAUGAUCAUCAGGAAGAAAUUUAUCCAAUCGAUAUUGAUUUGCAUGAAAGGCUGUACAUUUUAUGGAUUGGAUAUUUCUAUGAAUUAUACGUCAAACCGGAUUCUCUAUUUCAAAUAUUCUGGUUAUUCCUUCCCAUGGAUGACGACGAUACAGAGACAUUAAAAUGUAACAGAAAUGUGAUUUGGUCAAAGAAAAUUCCAGCGAAAUUUAGAUUUCAGUGUCCACGUUGUAAUCAUAUUUGGACAUCGAAAAAUGGUUGCGUGAAUGUAUUUAUCUGUCAUCUUUCCCCUUUGUAUACAACCACAACAACAGUAAUAACGACAACGAUUAGCACGAAUCCGUUCUCCUGUCCACCAAAUAUUUAUGAAUUCCGUUAUACAUUUGACCGACAAAAAUGUACUUCCUGUUCAACAUCCAACGAAACAAUCUCAGGAUCAACAUAUCCACAUGAAGUGAUCAAGGUCUUACAAUAUAUUCGUCGUCAUAUUUCUGUGAAACCAGUCAAUAAUAAUCUGCCAUGCUAUGGAUUCAAAAUUGAAUUUACUGAUACAUGUUCAUCAUCAACGGUACUAAAUUUGACAAAUUCUAAAGACCGCAACAAUUUAAACCUAGUUGAGUCUGAACUACCAUCAGUAAAUAAUAAGAAUGGCCUCAAAGGUAUAGUCACAAGUAAAACAGACAUAUUGUCAAAUGGGAAUCAACAACUCCCUGUCGAAUCUCUUCCAUCAAUCACAGAUAAGACUGUCCACAAGAAUUGCACUGAUAAAUUAACCCCAGAAGAUGAAAAAUUUCAAAAAUUAUCAAUUACUGUUCAGCAGAAUCAACAUUCAAAAAGUGACAAUUACAGCAACCUUAGUAAUGCUCACCUUUCUACAGAUUUGAACAAGACCGAUGACGAUAAUAAUAAUAAUAAUAAUAGAAAUAAUAAAAAGGAUGAACUGAUGGCAGAGUUAAAGAACGCGACGAAAGUAGUAGAGGUCGAAAUGUUGGUAAAAGACAAAUCUGUUCAGAAGCAAUCUCAAAAUUGCAUAAGCAAAAAGACACCAGUUCGCAUCUCCCGAUAUAUUUAA